CGCGCGGCUGGACUGGAGCGAGCAGGACAGGUAGAGUUCGUGCUGUCCGUGUCGGGAGCUCGGUGUGUGGAGUUUAAACACUGAUUUAGGACUAAAUGACGGGGAUUGAGCGCUAGAGCGCGGGUGUGUGUGUGUGAGUGAGUGUGUGUGAGUGUGUGAGAGAGGCGGCUGUGGUGAGGCUCGGCGGGCAGUGUGGUGAGUUAGCAGCGUUAGCAGCGUUAGCAGGGUUAGCAUUGCUGCUGGAGGAGCGACCUUAAUGACGCCGUGUUUUUGUGUCGGAGAGACCGAGAGAGACCGCGGUUUCACACACACCGUCUAACGGAACCGGCGUGCGGAGCUCUCCACCCGGGUCAGAACCGGCCGAGUGUGUGUGUGUGUGUGUGUGUGUGUGUGUGUGUGUGUGUGGACGCGGUGGUGUUGGCGCACAGAGCCGUGAGGAGCCUGAUCAUGCCGCCGGCGCGCUGCGGUCUCCCCCGGGCCGAGGUCCGCUCUCACUAGGGCUCUCACUAGGGCUCUCACUGGGUCUGUGUCCAGGUCAGAGCUACACACACACACACACACACACACACACACGGCCUGGAUCCAGACUCACUUUAUAUACAGAUAAAGUUAUAUGACUGUAGCAUAAAUGUGCUUUUAAAACUAAUCCCUGUUGUUGUUGUUGUUAUUGUUGUUGUUGUUACUGCACCCGAAAAAAUAUAAAACGUCCAAAUACUACUGAGUUUAUCUUUAAAAUAAACUUUUACGUUUUCGGGUUAUUUCCAAACAGGCUUUAAAUAAUUCUCAAAGAUUUAUCUGUCCAAAAUCAGACACAGAGUGAAUAAUAUUUGUGGGUUUUUCUAAAUACAGAGCAAUAAUAAUAAUAAUAAUAAUAACAAUAACCUUUACCCGCCAAAGUGACGUCAAAAGGGACGUUUACAGCACUUUAAAACUAUAUACAUAAAUAAAUAUUCCCAUGUUUAUCAAAGCUAAAACUCUUGAAUGACUGAAUGCAGACAGAAUGAAGUCGACUGCAGGAUUUGCACCAGGUUGUUAGUGUGUGUGUGUGUGUGUGUGUUUGGAUCCCUGCGAUGUUGCACUCAUCCAUCAGGCUUUGAAGUUUUCCUUUAAACAAGAAACUCUGAGUCUGUUUCCCCGUUAGCUAGCUACUGGACCGAGUUAUAAACCAGCCGGUGUCGUUCAUGACACGUGAAGAUGAACGGUGAGAAUCAAGCACUAGAUUUAUGCAGUGCCAGGAUGAAAGCGCCCGAUGAUGCCCGCAGCACCGCGCUCAUCUCCGAGGAACUCGUCCUCCGGAGCGGCAUCAAGUACACGGACCAGGAUGCGGAAGCAACGGAUUCGGGACACGAGAAAGAAGAAGCGCCGACCCGGAAGAAUAACGGGACUGUAGUUCCCGAGGAAAGCAGCGUUCAGGAUGUGGAGUCCUGUUUUUCCACUGGAAGCGCGAUUGACGAUGAGGACAUGGACAUCGGUGUGGAUUUGAGCUUGGACGAGAGCGGGGUGCUGGAGUCGGACCCGGUGACGGUGCGUCAGCAAAGUAGGAUUGUGGCUUCUGUAGCGUCUGACCAGGACUCUGACAAGCCUUCAGACGCAGAUUCCAGUGCAGAGGCUCCGCCCCUGUCCCCCUCCUCGACCCCGGCUGAGCAGGAAGGACCUGGACCCAAACCCGGAGGCAAGAGGGUCACGUUUCCCUCAGACGAGGACAUUGUGUCUGGCUCGGUGGAACCGAAGGACCCAUGGAGACAUGCUCAGAAUGUGACGGUAGAGGAGAUCCUGAGCGCCUACAGACAGGCCUGUCAGAAACUCAACUGUAAACCUGUUCCGAAAGUCCUCAAGCAGGUUCAGGACCUGACAGACUUGACUCAGCGAAAUGACUGCCUGGAUCUGAAAGGUGAGAAGUUGGACUACCGGGCGUGUGAGUCUCUGGAGGAGAUUUUUAAACGAGUGCAGUUUAAACUUGUGGAUCUCGAGCAGACGAACCUGGAUGAAGACGGAGCGUCAGCGUUAUUCGAUAUGAUCGAGUAUUACGAGUCCGCCACUCACCUGAACAUCUCCUUCAACAAGCACAUCGGCACCCGCGGCUGGCAGGCCGCCGCCCACAUGAUGAGGAAGACGAGUUCUCUGCAGUACCUUGAUGCGAGGAACACUCCGCUGCUGGACCAUUCGGCUCCGUUUGUGGCUCGGGCUCUGAGGAUCAGCGGCAGUCUGACGGUGCUGCACCUGGAGAGCGCUGGACUGUCGGGACGUCCCCUCAUGCUGCUGGCUACAGCUCUGAAGAUGAACAUGAACCUGCGUGAACUGUACUUGGCUGAUAAUAAACUGAACGGACUGCAGGACUCGGCACAGCUGGGGAACCUGCUCAAGUUUAACUACAACAUCCACAUUCUCGACCUGAGGAACAACCACGUCCUCGACUCAGGGUUGGCCUAUAUCUGUGAAGGGCUGAAGGAACAGAGGAAAGGUCUGGUCACUCUGGUGCUCUGGAACAACCAGCUCACACACAAUGGCAUGGGCUACCUUGCUUCUGCCCUGCCGUGUACUCAGAGUUUGGAGACACUGAAUCUGGGGAACAAUGCGAUCGGUAACGAGGGCGUACAGAAGCUAAAGGACGGUCUGAUCUCCAACCGCACGCUGCUCCGCCUCGGUCUCGCCUCCACCAAGCUGUCGUGUGAGGGUGCCGUGGCCGUGGCAGAGUUUUUUGCCGAAAGCCCGCGACUGCUGCGUCUGGACCUGCGGGAGAACGAGAUAAAGACCGGAGGCCUGAUGGCUCUGUCACUCGCUCUGAAGGUGAACACCUCCCUGCUCCGCCUCGACCUGGACCGAGAACCGAAGAAAGAGACGGUGAAGAGCUUCAUCGAGACACAGCGCACCCUGCUGACCGACAUCCAGAACGGCUGCAAGCGCAACUUCAUCCUUGCUAAAGAAAAGGAGGAGUCUCUGCAGCAGAUGAGGCAGUCGGUGUCCAUGGCUGAAAUCGCAACUGAGGAUCCGCCUCCUGAGGAAGAGGGGGACGCUGGAGAUCAGGUCUCGGAGGGACAGAAGAAUGAACACGAGGAAGAUGAGGAGGAGAAGGAGGAGGAGGAGAAGGAGGAGGAGGAGAAGGAGGAGGAGAAACAUCAAGAGGAGAAGGGGGAGGAGGAGGAGGAGGGUGAGAAACCGAGUGAAAUCGGAGACGAUGAAGACGGGCCACCAGCAACGCAGGACGACUCGGAUUCCGACACCGACACUGAUGAAGACGAAGAGACAAAACCCGCUGCACAGACGUCACCCCUGAACCAAACCCCGCCUUGCCGAAGCCCCACCCUUAUUGCCUGCCAGACUCCGCCCAUUAAUACUCCCAGCUCCACCCGGGCGGCGGCGGACACAAUGUCAGGGAUCAAAGUGACGGAAGCGAGUGUGUCGAGCGGAACGCCGUCUUCACCCGGGCGCUGCUUCUCUGUGUCCAGCCCUGGGAGAGGACACAAGAUCUUUAUGGUGACGCGAGUGGAAAGUCCUCCUGAGCAGCAGCAGCAGCAGAGCGGCCUGACGAAGCCUGUGGCACAGAAUAAAACACCUUCUGGAGUCUCUCAGGAACCACAGCGUGCAGAGAGAACCACCACAACUCAGGAGACAUCAGAGUCCAAAUCAGGAGAAUCUAAACCUUCAGUCAGUACCACACCCAGCCAAGCGCAGCAGGAACCCGGUCCCGGCCCAGAACCGGACCAGGAGACCGUGGACACUAAGCAUGCUGAGGUCCAUCAUGCCACUCCCACAGAGUGUAAACCAGGAGAACCAGAACCAUCAGUCAGUACCACAGUAGAGCAGCCUUCACCCAGCCAAGCGCAGCAGGAACCCAGUCCCAGCCCAGAACCGGACCAGGACACAAAGAGCAAUGAAAACACACACACUGAGCAUGCUCAGAUCCAUUACACUGCCCCUACAGAGGACCUGCUCCAGGAUCAGCUGGAAUCUUCUGAAGUAGGGCCCAAGGAACCGAGCAGUAGUAAUCCCGCCGGCAACCUGCAGGAGGAGCUCUCACAACAUCUGGACUCAGAGACGCCAAACGAUGACAGACAGCUGGAUAAGGGCACCUCAGUGGAACAGAGCUUGGAAACAAUACACGGCUUUUCUACAGCAGACGAUGUGGAGCGAGUCGACACAGCGCCACCUCCAGGCGGCACCUUGCCGAACGGCCUGAAGCCCGAGUUCACGCUGCACCUGCUGGAGCCCGAGGCACAUAAAGCGGCCUGCUGCGUCAUGGAGCACAUGAGCGUGACGGCGGAGCUGAGCUGCGGUCAGGACCUGGAGGAGCUUCUGCUGGACGCCAGUUUGGACGCGAGCAGAGACGCCGCUUAGCGCUGCAGCCACGGGUGGAACCGUGUGCAGAGACGACGGGGGAGUGUGUGAAUAGUCUGUGAGCGUCACUGAGCCCGGAGUCUCGCUCUCGUCCUUCUGCGGCUCCUUCACACCCCAACUCUCCGACAGACCAUUUAAACUCAUCACACAGUUAAAGAACCGCUGGAUCACGGACCCAUAUCUCACUCACCCCCGAGACAUCGUCACAACAUCGUCACUACAACGUCACUACAUCGUCACUACCCAACCGCACACAAUCAGAACCUUUUGUUUUUUUCCAUUAAGCGAUGCUGUUGUCUCUCCCUACAUUCCUCCUCAUGAUCCUGUAAAAACCCGGGGCCUGGCACAAACCAAAGACACACACACACACACACGCACACACACACACACACACACACACACACACACACACACACAAAAAUAAACAAACGCACGCAAAUACAAAUGAAGUUCUCACUGCUGCCCCCAUGUGGACAAUCAACAUCACAGUGGCAGGGGGCGGAGUCAGACAAUUUACAUCAUCAGUUUCACUUUGACUUUAAGGACUGAUUACAAGCAGGCGUGUGUGUGUGUGUGUGUGUGUGUGAGAGAGAGAGAGAGAGGUUCUGUUUGUUCCUGCGAGAGGUUCUGUUCAGGAACCAUUCUUUGAACUUAUCUCUCUGACUCCGUCUCUCUUUCCCUCUCUCAAUCUGUGUGUGUGUGUGUGUGUGUUUGUGUGUGUUUGUGUGUGUGUGUGUGUAAGAGAGAUCUUACACAUCUUGUUUUAAUCUUCUAGAUCUCAUGAUUCUGAAAUCCGAGGCAGCGUUCCAGGUCUGAGAUUUGGAGAGUCUCUUCCACCUUGGCUGAUGUUUCUCGUUUUCCUCUCAUAAAGACAUGACACUAAAACCUUGACGCAGGGACGUGUGUCUCUCUUGCUGUGUCUCUUCCUGCCUUUCCUGUUUAACACCUCGCCUUUAAUCGUCCUCUUUAUUUUUGCUGCUUUCAGAAAUCAUUUUUCUAUUUAUUUUAUUAAAUCAUUUUUUUUUCCUUC